GACUCAAACCUGAGUGAGAACUCGGAGACCAUGUCUGCAGAAUUCUUUUCAUCUACAAGAGAGGAGGGAAGCCCUGGCUCAGGACCUAGUUUUAGGUCCAAUCAGAGGAAGAUAUUAAACCUGCUCCUGGAGAGAGAUACUUCCUUUUCCAUCAGUUCAGAUCUCCCUAGAACCCCAGUGGAGAAGAAACUUUUUGGUGAUUCUGCAAAUCUAAGCAUUUUGUCUGGAGAAACCCCAAAGCGUUGCCUUAAUCUUUCGAAUCUUAGCAGCGGGGAGAUGUCUGCCACUCAGUUUACCACUUCUUCAGACCUUGAUGAAACUGGUCACUUGGAUUCUACAGGACCUGAGGAAAUACAGUUAGCUGGGAUGAAUUAUCACCAACACCUUGUAAAAUGCAGCCCAGCACAGCUGCUUUGUAGCACUCCGAAUGCUUUGGACCAUGGCCACAGGAAGAAAGAUGCAAUAUGUAGCUCAUCCGCAAAUAAAGAGAAUGAAAACAGCACUUCAAAGCCCUUGGAGUGGUGGGUACCCAGGAACCUGAGGUCCCCUCUUUUUCUACUGGACAAUGGAAACUUGGUGGAAAGUGAAAUGAAACAUCUGGGCAGUCCUAUUACUACAGUUGCAAAAUUAGAUAAAAAUCCAAAGCUAGGAGAAAACCAGACAGAGGAGAUUUCAGAUGAAUUGAUGGAGUUUUCUCUGGAUGAUCAAGAAGAGGCUAAGGCAUCUGUGAACAGGAGCUGCCUGUAUCACUCCUUUUCGUUGCCAGACAGUUUGAACAGUCCAAGACUGAAGCAGAUGGUAAAAUUCAAGGACAACACAAUACCAGAUAAAGUAAAAAAGAAGUAUUGUUCUAGCCACAAAGAGCUCAGGAAGGGCUUAGGUAUAAAGAAAAUGGUCUCCCUCUGUGACAUUAAUAUGACUCAGAUGCUGGAGGAAGAUUCUAACCAGGGGCCUCUGAUUGGUGAUUUCUCCAAGGUAUGUGCACUGCCGACCGUGUCAGGGAGACACCAAGAUCUGAAGUACGUCAACCCAGAAACAGUGGCUGCCUUGCUUUUGGGGAAGUUCCAGGGUCUGAUAGAGAAAUUUUAUAUCAUUGAUUGCCGCUAUCCGUAUGAGUACCUGGGAGGACACAUCCAGGGAGCUUUAAACUUGUACAGUCAAGAAGAACUAUAUAACUUCUUUCUGAAGAAACCCAUUGUCCCUUUGGAUACUCAGAAAAGAAUAAUCAUUGUGUUCCACUGUGAAUUCUCCUCAGAGAGGGGUCCCCGAAUGUACCGCUCUCUGAGACAAGAGGACAGGGCUGUGAACCAGUAUCCUGCACUGUACUACCCAGAGCUGUAUAUCCUCAAAGGGGGCUACAGAGACUUCUUUCCAGAAUAUAUGGAGCUGUGCGAACCACAGAGCUACUGCCCUAUGCAUCACCAGGACCAUAAGGCUGAGCUGCUGAGGUGUCGAAACCAGAGCAAAGCAUGGGAAGGGGAGCGGCAGCUGCAGGAACAGAUUGCCUUACUGGUGAAGGAUGUGAGCCCAUGAUAUCAGAUCACCCACUGGCUGCCUAGGACUCACCAAAAGACGCUGUAGAAACCCUAAGCAGAAAGAGGCCAUCUCCUAUGCAGCUAAACCCAAGAUGUUAAAAGGUGUCAGCAAACCAACAGGUUGCCACCUACUGAAAUCCCAGGCCUGGGGACUGGUUAGGUGUCAGUAGAGCUGCUGGCUGGUGGGAAGUCGUGGAGCUGGCUCUAUAAGGCUGGAGCCUUGGGUUGCAUAGAGAUUUGUGUUGCUUCAGGGAGCUGUUGCAUUCCUCUUCCUAACUGCUUGAGUCUCCUCAGAGGUCAGCCACAUCUUUUUCCCCGUGGGCUUCUGGCUCUGCAAGAGAGAGUUGCCCAUCUUCUUUCUCUAUAUUUUCC